UAGAUGUUGUUAUCUGCAGAUGUUCACAUUCAAUAGCUUAGAAACCUUUGCCACUCCUACUACUUUCUAUUGGCAUAAAACCCUCGUAGUUUCUUUCUCACUGUCACUCUUUGUUCAUGCACAUAAGAUCAUAACAUUAUUUAUUUAAGUACUCUGAAACUUGUUACUGGAAGAAAAAUCACCUGAAGGUCUCAACAUCUGAAAGGAUGUUGACCACUGCAGCUCUUAUUCUCAUUUUGACCAGUAAAGUUGUCCUAGGAUGGGAUAACAGAGUGCCUGUUGAAGGAGAGAUAUAUCCAUUAGAUAUGGCACCGGACUCAGUUGAUGACCGAUAUGAUGGCUGUACAUACAAGAUGGAAAACCUAGUGAGAACAAAAUAUCUAAUCAAAGAAAUCUGUGAUUAUAAAAUAUCUUACUUUGGGGAAGCUUGGUUGUAUAGUACAGGACAAAUCCCUGGACCUGAUAAAUUGAAAAUGCACCAUUUAGUUGCGAUUUAUACAUACAGUAUUUCUGAGCUACAUCGAAAGUUGAAUCAGGAUGUUAGGACUGGUAGACAAAAAUACAAAGACAAGACUUACACGUGGUAUUCACUUCACUUUUUCUUGACAGAAGCGAUACAGAUUCUUAAGAAAACACAAAAUAAAUGCAUAACAACUUAUCGUGGUACCAGACUUACAUUUGAUGAGAAUGUUCUGAACAAACACAUUCGUUUUGGUUCAUUUGCAUUUUCCUCUCUUGAUCGUAAAAUUGCAAUGGGAUUUGGAACAGAAUCUUGUUUUGAAAUCAAAACUUGUUAUGGUGCUGAUGUGUCAAAAUACUCCCAGUUUCCUCAUGAAAAAGAGGUGCUGAUUCCCCCAUAUGAAACAUUUGAAGUCACUGCUAUCAUGAAGAAAGAUCAGAAGAAAAGUGCCUGGUGUAAGACUGUGUUCAUGUUGAAGAGCUCUGGAUUUAGAAGUGACUUAAACUGUGCCGUGGUCUCAAUUAAGCCCCAGAUAUAUCACAAUGCCAGUUUCUAUGCCUGAUUGGCUCUUACAUACAUUUCAUUCAUUCAAUUAAUUUCUUUCAUUCAUUUAUUUUUUUAUAUUAAGUGUUGCUGUGAUUUUAAUAACAUUUUAUAAACCAAUCCUGAUGUUUUUAAAGGAACAUUGUACUUUUUUGAAAAUAUGCUCAUUUUCCAGCUCCCCUAGAGUUAAACAUUUGAUUUUUACCGUUUUGGAAUCCAUUCAGCCGAUCUCCGGGUCUGGCGCUACCACUUUUAGCAUAGCUUAGCACAAUCCAUUGAAUCUGAUUAGACCAUUAGCAUCGCGCUAAAAAAGUAACCAAAGAUUUUCGAUUUUAAAACUUGACUCUUCUGUAGUCACAUCGUGUACUUAGACUGACAGAAAAUUAAAAGUUGUGAUUUUCUAGGCAGAUAUGGCUAGGAACUCUACCCUCAUUCUGGCGUAAUAAUCAAGGACUUUGCUGCCGUAACAUGGCUGCAGGAGGCGCAAUGAUAUUACGCAGCACCUGAAAAUAGUCUCCUUGGUAACUUUCAAUAGCAGGAGACUAUUUUGGGGCAAAUAGGAAAAAUGGGAACAAUAUUGAAACUCUUUGGGGUUUUUUGCGCAUUGCUAAUGGUCUAAUCAGAUUUAAUGGAUUAUGCUAAAAGUGCUAGCGCCAGACCCGGAGAUCAGCUAAAUGGAUUCCAAAACUGUAAAAAUCAAAUGUUUAACUCUAGGAGAGCUGGAAAAUGAGCAUAUUUUCGAAACAAAAGUCCCUUUAAGGACUGUAAUAAAAUGUUUUUUUUAAGACUAUAUGCUGAAUUAAAUGCAGCUUAAUACAUUUGUUGCAUAUUUUUGAUUUGUUGCAUACACAACUUUGCCAUCCUGCUUUGAAAACUGAAAUUUAUUUUACUAUAAUUUAUAAUAAUUUAUUUAUUAUAGCCAAUAUGGCCAUCAUUUUCUUGCCCUUAGGAAAACUAACCAUGAUUUUAUUAGCCUAUCAAGUUUAAUGACCAUGGAUUUUGGUAGGUUGA